UGCGGCACUCGGAGUUGUUUCUUGCUGCCCCGCAAUUCUCCCGUUCCACGAAGCGCUGCACGGAAAGCGGAGGAUUUAAUUGACACACAGAAGGGCCGGGAAACGUACAGAGUACCGAUUACCUGAACGACAGACACGUUCAGUAUACAAACCGACGGCAGGGCCGCUUGAAUCGUCGUCAUCAGAACCAUGGACCUCCCCGCCCGCCGCCCACGGCCGGCUGUACACGCAUUUUCGUUUCGCUACCUGCUCGUCGUCCCGGUUCUGUUAAGCAUCUUGACCGGCUAUGUCCUCUUCAUCCACAGCGAUACCAACAUCUACAUGCUGUACUCGCAGUGUCAUGCCCGCUCUCGCAUCCCAUGGCUCUCUGACAUUCCACUCCUGGGAAGCCCGGCCUGCUUCCUGGUCAGCUUCUUCCAGGAAGCCAUCGCAUCCGCCCGCGCCUUCGGGCUCAUGGCUGUCAUCCUCUCCUUCUUCGCCAGUCUGCUCACGGUGAGCACCAUCGAGGCGGCCCGCAUCUGCAACUCGCCCAGCAUGUUGAUUGCCUACCCGACGGGCGCCUGGCUCGUGUUCAACCUGAUCGGAGGCGCCAUCGUGUGGGAGCUGGUCAUCAUCCCGGCCUUCGUCCAUCGCAGCCGUGAGAUCAUUGCCGCGCGGAAACAGGGCGGCCCCCAGCAGCUGUCUGGACUGGCCGAUCCUACUUUUGGCGAGACGAUGCGGCACCUGGCUAGGGUGGCCGAGACGUUGGCGAUCCCCGUGGCAGUGGCCAUUGGCUACGUCGUGCCGUCGCUGCUGAUGCUGGUGCUGGAUGCCCCCAUGGCAGUGCUGGCCUGGCUGUUCUUUCCGGUCUGGGUCUCGCUUGUGCGACAAACUGUCCGCAGGGUUGUCCUUUGGUUACGGGAAGAGUGGAACGUCAGCUUGCAUCUCGAAUCGAACAGGCCCGCGCUGCUGGCCGUGUACUUCCUACCCAUCGCGUGCUCGGUUUUAGCGCAUGCGCACUUUAUCUGGACCAUGACACAGCCAGAUGAUCGCAAGGAGAUGACACGCGCCACGCUCAAGUUUAUCACCAUCGAUGCCUUUUUCGUCGGGCUGACUGUUCUGUACUGGGUCUUCAUAGAGGCUGGCUGGAAGGUGGCCCUGGUGAUGGUGGGAGGUUCUGUUCUGUUGGGCCCUGGCGCCGGCGUCUGUAUCGGUUGGAUCUACAGGGAGCAGAUGGUUGACCUGGACAGGAGCGUGACGGUUGUGGUUGUUGGAGCUCAGAGGGACAACGGUGGCGCAUCUCCUUCGGAGCAGACCCCGCUGCUGCGGUGACUGGAGCUACCUAUCAGCUCUCGAUUGCAUUAUGGAGUGGGUAGGACAGGGUGGAUGAUGAUGAGUCAACCAUUCGAUUCUGUGGUAUGUACAGUAUAAUGUCUAGGUGCUGUAAUAUGAAGCGAGACACGAUCAGAUCCUAUGUAGUACUCCACAACGCCCCAACAACUGAGAUACACAUUGCCUUCUGCACCCCUAUUGUUUUUAUGUUAACUUUACGUUGCCGUCAGACGCUCAAGAAGACUGAGCCCUAACCCUGAUUAGAUGUUCA